AUGAAAAAAGCCUCUUUUUCCCCCCUUUGUUCUUUCCCCCUUUCCCCCUUUCCCCUUUUAUUUCGUUUAAAUUAUUUUUUUUCUGUUAUCUCUUUGGGCCCCCCCCCCCGGGGGGGGGGGGGCCCCCUCAUUUCUCUCCUAGUUCCCCCUUUUUUGUUUCUCUCUCUCUUUUUUCUCUCUCGUUUUCUCUCUUUCUCCCCCCCCAUUCUCCUCCUCUCCCCUCUGGUUCUUUUUCUCUCUCUCUUUUUCCCCCCUUUUUCGUUUUUCUUCGUCUUUCUUCUCUCUGGUUUUUUUCCCCUUUUUCUUUCUCUUUCCCUCUCUCUCGUUCUCUCUCUCUCGCUCCCUCUCUCUCUCUCGUUCUCUCUCUCUCGCGCUCUCGCGCUCUCUCUCUAGUUGAGGAUGGAGUCAGUGAGCAGACCCUACCCUCUGACGCUGCCCCCCCAUUGCACCAGUCAGCCCCCCCCGUCCCGAACCAGCUACACCAGUGUCUCCCCCCGAAUCCUUGCCCUCACCCCCCGACCCUCCCCCUCCUCCUCCCCCACCUCCCCCUCUCCCCAACCCCCCUCACCAGACCGCCUCAACCCUGUUUAAGUACAGCACCAUCGCCCACCUGCAGGGUGGCGCCAACCAGGCUGCCAAUCAAUACAAUGUCCAACCAAUGGGGCAGCAGCAAGGCCCUCCAGCCCCUCCCCUCCCCAACUAUAACACGCUCCCAUUGGCACCCUCCAACUACAUCAUCAUGCCAUUGGCUCCCAGCAACUUCAACCCUCCUCCCCCUCCUCACCCCUGCUCAUUGCCUUCUCCAGGCUCUGCCAUGGCCUCUCUGAGGCUUGGCCCCCCCAGCCCUGUUCCUCAGUUCAUCGCCCCUCCUCCCCCCCAGGACCAAACCCUGCCACCCCUUCACUACCCACAGAGUAACGGCACCCUGCUCCCCCCUCCGCCCCCCGAGGAGGACCACCAGUGCCUCCCUCUCAGUAACACAGGGCUGCAGCAGUUCCUGGCCCAAAAGUUCCCCAAUAUGAACUACGACUUCUCCGACCUGGAUGGCCAACCUGAGUCCCCUCCUCCUCCCCCUCCUGCCUUCUCUCCCCUCUCCCCCACCCUGUCACCCCCCGCACCUCCUAAAACCUUCUCUGGUGUCUUCCCACCCCAGACUGCUCCUAAGACCUUUGGUCCAGGGAUCCCCCUAUCCCCAGUCUCGCCCUCCCCUCCUUCUGGUCCAAUGAAAAAGCAGCAAAGCUUCUCAACAGGCCAUUCACCCAAUCAGCCGCCUCCCACCAUGCCCAAACAGCACAGCUUCUCCUCUAAGACCCUCCCCCUGUCCGCCCCAAUCUCCCCGAACCCUUCCCUGGUCAAACAGAUAGUCAACCAGUUUCCUGGAGCUCCCCUGCCCCCCCAGUCCCCCCCGGCUGUCAAGGCCAAACCAAGAUGGCAGCCAGGGGGUCAGAUCCCCCCCCAGUCCCCAGAGUUCCCCCCUCCUCCCCCUGAGGACAGCCUGGACUUCCCCGCCCCUCCCCCUCUCCCCCCUUCCAAGAUGGGCUCUCCUAUUAAGAAGUCUCCCUCCUCCACCUCAACCGGCUCCUUCGGGAAGAGGGGGCCUCCUCCCACCCCCCAGCGCGCCUCCUCCAUCAAGUCCAACUCCUCAGGGGAGUACCAGGAGGAGGUCCAGGUCCAGAGGCAGCCUAAGAAGGUGGAGUCUCUGGUCAGCAAGUUUGCCCAGCCUGGCCUUGGCUGCUGCAACUCCUCCAUCGCCACCGCCUCUGGAUCUCCUGCUAAGGACUUGGGGCCUCCUGCUCCUCCUAAACCAGGCAAGCUGAACCUGUCAGCCCUCCCUCUAGCCCUCCAGGGUCUGCAGACAGGGCAGCACCGCCAGCCCAGUGGAGACUUCCCCUCACCUCCUCAGCACCGCCAGCCCAGUGGAGACUUCUCCUCUCCUCUUCCAGAGCUCGAUUACUUCCCCCCUCCUCCUCCCGACUCUGAGCUGCUCCCCCCGCCCCCCCUCCCCUCUGAGCUCCACCCGGGGGCCCCCAGGGUCGCAGUCGUCAACCCCCAGCCGCAGGCCACGCCCAAUCUCCCACCCCGUCAGCCAAUCAUCAUGGAAGACCCAGUCGCUGAAGAAGACUCCACCUCCGACACUCCACAGGCUGUCCCGGAGCAACACGGUCCAGGACCCCUUACCCCUGUCCCCCCCGCCCUUCAGCUGUCCCCUGCCCCCCACCCUCCCCGGGGGUCCUAAGGGGGUGGGUGGUACCCUCUCCUCGGUCCAACCCAACUUCCUGGAGGACCUGAACCGGACCUUGAAGAGGAAAUCCAUCUCUCGUCACGGCUCCCUCACGCGUCACGGCUCAUCCCGGCUGGAGCCCGUCUCCAUGGACGACAUGGCCCUCCCCCCUCCGCCCCCUGAGCUGCUGCUGGACCAGCAGAGGGGGGGGCAGGGCGGGGGCCACGGGUACAUGUCCUCAGGCUAUGCAACGCUGACGGACGGGGGACGCGCGCCCUGCCCCCGCGAUACACGGGACACCAAAGCACCAAAACUGACGGGAGUAAGGUGGGUAGCUAAGGGGGGUUAGCAGGGGGUGGAUGAGGUAGGUGGUAGCUAGGGGGUGGAUAUAGGUGGUAGCUAGGGGUGGAUAGUGGUGGUAGCUAGGGGGAAGAGGAGGACUUGGGCUGAGCUUCCCAUGCUACAGACUGAAUACAGCCUAUGGACCCAUCAACGCUACAGGCUACAGACUGAAUACAGGCUACAGACUGACUACAGCUACAGAUGACUACAGGACUGCAGACUGACUACGCCAUGGACCUGACUACAGGCUACAGACUGACUGACUACGAUGACUACAGCCUAUGACUACAAGACGUACAACAUACAAGCCUAGGACACAUCAGACGCUACAGGCUACAGACUGACUACAGGCUACAGACUGACUACAGGCUACAGACUGACUACAGGCUGCAGACUGACUACAGGCUACAGACUGACUACAGGCUACAGACUGACUACAGGCUGCAGACUGACUACAGGCUACAGACUGACUACAGGCUGCAGACUGACUACAGGCUACAGACUGACUACAGGCUACAGACUGACUACAGGCUACAGACUGACUACAGGCUACAGACUGACUACAGGCUACAGACUGACUACAGGCUACAGACUGACUACAGGCUACAGACUGACUACAGGCUGCAGACUGACUACAGACUGACUACAGGCUGCAGACUGACUACAGACUGACUACAGGCUGCAGACUGACUACAGACUGACUACAGGCUGCAGACUGACUACAGGCUGCAGACUGACUACAGACUGACUACAGGCUGCAGACUGACUACAGGCUGCAGACUGACUACAGGCUACAGACUGACUACAGGCUACAGACUGACUACAGGCUACAGACUGACUACAGGCUGCAGACUGACUACAGACUGACUACAGGCUACAGACCAUCGAGGCCCCAGGCUACAGCUAAUGGACGACUACAGGCUCAGCAUUGUAUCACAGACUCCAAGACGGAUACAGGCUACAGACAUAGGACCAGACAGCUGCUC